AUGGACGAAGGCGUUCUGAAGAAAGUUUGCAAGUUUUUGAAAAAACAAAAGGAUAACGAAGCAGUUUUUCAGACGUUUUGGGAAGGGACAAAGGAGUUCUACCCAGUCGAUUUGUCCAAGACGAAAGUCAAAGCAUGGCUUAAAGAGCACCCUGAACGCUUUGAAAUUAUCAAAGGUGAAACUGGAAAUCCUUUCGGUAAGAUAAAAUUAAAAGUAGAAGCGUCUAACUAUGUUUUGCCAACCACAACUAGAGCGGAAGACUUUGAAAUUGCACAAAAAUUGAUUGAAUCUGUCGAUAAUAGAGAGGAAAAUGGCCAUUUGUUUGCGAUUAUUUGUAAGAAUAAAGCUCGGAUAUUUCCCGAGAAGUUACGAGAUAAGAAACAUAUCAGAAAGUGGUUGGCAGAGCAUGAAAAGUGGUUUAAAGAGGUAAAAGAUGCUAGUGGUGGGCUUUCAGUUGAAGUGUUGGCUAAGGCGAGACAUUUAAAGAAACCUGGGCCGCCAUUGCCACACGUUCGUUCAUUGCUACCUGCUCCAGUAUUUACGAGCGAAAAAAGGGAGAGUCGUGGCAAGGCAACGCCUCAGAAAGCAAAAGAUGAGACUGAUCCUGUUCAUCUUUUGAAAAUGGCAGAUAAUAUUACGUUGAGAAUCUCAGGGAAACUUAAGAAUGAAGGAGGGACAGUCCCAUUUGAAUCUCUUCUCAAAGCGAAGGAUGUAAUAUAUCCCUUAUGUGAGGAAGAAGCCUUAAUAUCUUUCUUGGCAGCUUUCCCUUUGAAAUUUGAGAUCAUGGAUUUGGAAGGGUUAGGCAAGUGGGUUCAUUUGAAAGGAACUGACAAUGCCAGUCCUAACAAUGUCGGUGGUAACAAUGCCAGUGCUAACGAUGCCAUCAGUAAAGUAACAAGUUUUAUUUUUCAAAAUGGUGGAACUGUCCCAUUUGCAAAUCUCGUUAAGCAAGCAGACACGCUGAUAGAUAAAACAGUCCAUGGCCCACACGCAUUGUCAGCAUGGUUGAAUGCUAAAGCUGGCAUUUUUGAGGUUGUCCCCAAACCAGACGAUUUCUCCAAACCGGGGCAAGUUAAAGUUAAGCUCAGUUUUUCUCCACGUUUUUGCCAACAUUACAUUGCACAUGGUCAAUGCCAUAAUAAAAAAUGUCAGUUUCUGCAUAUAUGCAAGGCUUUUGUAUGCCAACGCCCUCAUAAUAAGGAAGAGUGUAAGCUGUCACAUGAUAUCCGAGAUGCACACAACAAAAUUAUUGUUGAUAAGAUGGGUGCCCUGAGGAAAGAAACUGAUAAAGUUGUUGUCAAUGUGCUCUUGAAAAGUUGCUUCCCUCGUGUUUGUGCAGACUACAAUAAAAAUGGUGUGUGUCCAAGGGGUGACAAAUGUCAUUUUUUACAUGUUUGUGGUGGUUAUGUCUUAAAUCAAUGUGGAAAUCCUUUCUGUCCAUUAAGUCAUGAUGUGGUUGGUGAUUUACAUAAUAUUAAUUUGUUGAAGAAGUAUGCUCUGCGUCCAUCUCAGAAAUUGUCAGUCGAACUUGUCAAGGCUAACAUUGCUCAUGCCCAGGUAAUGAAAUCACAGUCCAGUCAAAGUGUUGAGGUGGGAAUGGCAAGGUAUCAGGACAGUGCUUCAAUUGGCAGUUCAAGUCAUGAUGCAAGACCAUUGUUGAGCUUUGAAAACAUUCAGAAAAGUAACCUAGCAACGUCUCUUGUUGGUAUCCAGAAAGUUGAAAAUUGGAUGAGAUGUCCCACACAACAGGAAGCAGAAAGUGGAUUUGGAAAUCUUGAACAACGCAAGCGGUCCGACUCUACAUCGAGUUCUGAGAUUUCUCAUGUCAGCAAUCAGAGUUCUGUAGCUAGUUCCCAAAGUUCAGUUUGGCAAGACGACCUGCAUAAAAAGGUUUUCAUUACAAUCCUGGAGAAAUAUAAUGGUAUUGCACUAUUUAGUAAAAUCUCGAAAGAUAAAGAGUUGUUUGGCCAUGAUGGUAUUGGUGAUGUUGAGAAAUGGUUUGCAAGUCACCCACAGAAGUUUAUCUUCCAUCGAAACGGGCAGGGAAAGAUCGAUACUGUGAGUGCAUUUUCAAAAAUGUCUCGGAUAUGUCUUGAUUAUGGUGAGAAACGAGGUUGCAAUAAUUCCAAUUGUGGCUUCUUACAUAUAUGCCGCAACCAUAUCGAAAGUCACUGCCCGAAAGGAGAAGCUUGCCAUCUAAAUCAUGAUGUUAGUUCUGAUACAGUCACCCAAGCUGCGAAGCGUAUGGGCUUGCAAGACCUUACGUCAGAACAGCUAGUAACCCUCAUCCGUGUUUCAGUCCCAACAGUUUGUCAUUUCUAUAACCGAGGACGCUGCAACCGAGGUGAAUUUUGCCCCAAUUUACAUAUUUGCCAAGAAUUUGCAAAAGGGCAUCAAUUUUGCAAAGCAAAGCUGUGCAGGCAUGGUCACGAGGAAGCCUUGAAGCAAGGUCCUGCAACAAAAAUCCUCAAAAUGUAUCGUCUUUUUGGUAAAAAGCCGAACUACAGGUACAUUCAGAAGAUGAUUUUUGUUUUUGAGAAUGAGCGAAGACGAAGCAGUGGCCCACGACAGGGUGGAGGGCUACCCAGGGAGGUGCAGGGCCAGAGAGAAGCGUCAGAUGAACCAAGAAAUUUGAUGGAUAUUGAUUUAACCCAGAAGGUUGAUAGUCCAGGUAAUAUUCAGUUUAUUAGAAUGUAAACCCUGGGGAUACAUAGCUUUUCUAGGGUGUUGCAUCUUGCAGGUAUUUGUACAUGCUUCCCUUGAGAAGUGUACCUUGGUUGCACUUUUCAGCAUUCAAGUGCAUGCAUGCUUCUAUCUGUCCCUAUCUAUCUGUAUCUGUCCCUAUCACAGCUUCCCUUCAAAGAUAUAGAAGAAGAAUUUAUUUGCACCAGUCAAAAAUACAUAAUUACAAAUUUUUUCCACACAUUGUUAAGACAGAGUUUGUACAGGGUAUUCGAAGUAGCUUUAAUACUAAUCGAAGCAGAUAACCUAUGCAUCUGCAUUUCCUUUUGAGAUCUCCGUGCAUUCAGUAACCUCAGCUCCUAACUUUGAUGGGAAUGUGACCCUAUCAGAAGUACAGUAUGUCCCCCUCUUUAAGAACCUACAGUAACUACCCUAGUCCCCCACUUUGGAGAUAUGCCCCCAUUCAAAGACCACCCUUUAGGGCUCUGUCCUAAUGAAUGGCAGUGUGUAAAUUUGCUUUACAAUGUAUUUAUUAGCCCAAGAAAUAGAAGAAGUCACUCCAAAUAUUUGUCCUCAGUUUCUGAUGCAGCGGUGUCGCCGUAAGAAGUGUUCACAAAGUAAUGUUCAUUUUACUUUGCCCUAUUGCUGGCAGUUGAAGCUAUCAAGCAGUUCAUGGUGCAGUUUUGAUAACACAGAUUGUGAAAAUAUUGAGAAAUAUUUUUGUGAUGUCAACUGCACUGCUGCGGAAUUGAAUAUUUCAACAAAAGUACCUGGAGAUGUGUCGAGGUAUGCACGGGAAUAUAUGCUUAUUAAUAGGGCCAUUUAUAUGAGCGAAAAUAAGCCAGUCUGCCUAAAUAAGCUGCGACUUAGAUAAGUUGCUAACAACUCGUUUAUUAAACAGUCAAUUUGUUCACAAGCUGCGGCUAAAACAGGCACAGAUUUUGCGGGGGGGGGGGACCCCCCAGAAAUUAUUUGCACCCCCCAAAGGCAUUUUGCACCCCUGCAAAAUUUUUGAUAGUUUCAUAUUUGAUUAUUCUUACUACUAAAUUUGUAAAAUUACCAAUAUUAUGGUCUCAGAUCUUGCCAUGCAGGCCUAGAAAACAAAUUUUGUUAAACUUUUUCCUUGGCCUUUCCGGGCGUUGCCACCAUGCCCCGACCAAAGCCAUCAGCAGCACCCCCAGAUAUUUAUCCACCCCCAAACGAAAAUAUGAAAAUCCGUCUCUGGGCUAAAAUAAGCCCAGAGUUGAGAGCUAGGCCUAAGUUCUUCGCUACUAUAUUAGCCAAUCAGAUUUGUAAUUAUAUUUUUUUCAACAGUGUUCGUUUAGACUUCCAGUCAAUGUCGGGCCAUCCUUCUGCUGGUGAAGAUUUUAAAAUUCGUCGUUUGGAGUGUCAACAAAAGACGACCCAGUAUGGCAGUAAAGCUUGGUGUGAGACACCAUGGAUGUGGUACAAACUGGAAUUACCAAAAUGGAUUAAACUUGAAACUAGUAAAGUAAGUCAUGCUUGUCCAGGCUGUCAGUAACACAGGAUGGACAAUUCAAUAUUAAUAAUAUGAUUGUCAUUUUUAGGCAAAUGUGUUUGAGGAAUUGUUCUUGGAAGGCAACUUUCCGGUUGAUUGGUGGUCAAGUCAUCGACGUAGGCCCUCUGCUUUCUUGACAGAGAGUGAAGUUAAUGAGAAAAAGAGGUAAAGAAAAUGAAAAGAGUGCCAGGCAGGAUACCACUAUUCCCUAUGUUAUUCAGUCAUGAUCCAGUGAUCGGAAAGUUCCAUUGGAUAAUUCCAGCCAUCGACUAAUUUUUUAUCUAGACAAGAAAGACGAAAUAUAUCAUUGUAGCUCAAAAGAGCAUCCUAAAAUUAGUAAAAUGCAAAGUUUGGUUGCGAAAUGUUGUAAAAUACGAAAAAUAAAACUCUGUAAAUGAGCAAAUUUUGAGUAUUUUAGUAUUACGCGCGGAAAAUUAUGCACCCCUUUCGGCUCAAGAAUAAUUUCUUUUCAUUGUUGUGAACAUCCAAUAAGGCCACCCAGUCACGCAUUGCCAUGUAUUCCAUUCAUCUUUAUUCCAUUCAUGUUUAUUUCAUUCAUGUUUAUUUCAUUCAUGUUUAUUUCAUUCAUGUUUAUUUCAUUCAUCUUUAUUCCAUUCAUGUUUAUUUCAUUGAUGUUUAUUUCAUUCAUGUUUAUUUCAAUCAUGUUUAUUUCAUUCAUGUUUAUUUCAUUGUUAGAAGCGAACAAGAACAGCAGACGCCAGAAGUAAAGACUGAAUCCACACCAAGCUCACCAGUAUCAACUCAACCUCCUCCACCCACUUCAGAGCCAGUUAGAGAGACUGCUCCUCUUCAGUCUUCUAACUGUCAUCGCACGAGAGUUGAACCUGGUUCCCUAGAAUACAAGGAGAUUGAAAAACUUCUGGGUAGUUCUACGAACCAAGACGCUCUGGUUAUAAACCAGAUAGAAAAGAUAGUUAGUGAUGCUCUUUGGGAUAAAUAUAAGAGGUAGGGAAUUUGACAAACGACUGUUGUUUAUGACAGGUUUUCCAAAAUUACUUGCGGCAGAAACCAAAUUAGGUUACCGCAAAAUCACCUUUGCGGUAACCUGCAUGGGUUUACCAAAACAAAAACUUGUCCGAAGAACUUAGAAUUUAUUAUUUUAUAUGAGCUUAAAAACUCAUUAAUAAUUCAUGAAGAAAAUUCAAAAGAAAUGAAUGUUUAAUCAAUGUUUGUAAAUCAGAUAAAGAUUUGUCAUGAUUUACGUAAACUUCAGCUUUGAUUUUCUCAGCUUAGACAAUGUUUAGUUUUAAAACUACUUCGCCAAUGAACUCACAAGAUGGGUCGUAUAUCAGAUAAAGAUAGGCUGCUCAUGUUUUAACUAGUACAAAUGAAUUGUAAAGUAACCCAAUUAGAUCGCAGAACGCGUUUAAAUAUUAUUAACUGUUAACACAGUUGUUAAUUAUAGAGUCAAGAGAUUACGGACUUACAUUAAGUACUUCAGGGUAAUUAGGGAAACCAAAUCAGAUUACCGUAAAAUAAAGUUUGCGCUAACGCGGCGCAAUUUUGGACAGCCUGCGACUGAUGUUGCAAAGCAAAAAUCCAGGAUGUGGACCUUUCUAAAAAUGGACGUGCAGAAAAUAAUGUUAAUUUAUUACAUUCUAUGUAUAGUAGUCUUGUUUUUGAUGUCAAGUGAAUAGAAUUGAAAGAUGUAGUUUAAUUUACUUGCUGCUGGAACUGCCAACAUUUUUGAAGUUGAGCACCAUCUACUGCUCUGGAACGCUGAGAGUGAAUCUGCCCCUGUACCGUUAUAUACGGUUCUCAGACUUCUUCUUUUAUUCAACAGCAGAAAGAAAUCCAUGACAGAUGAGCUUCGAAUAGGAGAAAAUAUGAAUGAUCGUAGGCUGUUUAUACCAUGUCUAUCUGAAGAUAUUGAGAGAAUUAUGAGAGGGAAUAUCCAUGAUAGCAGUAUUAGCAGAAUCUUACAUAAACCAUUCGGUCCAGGAUAUUACUUCACAUCGAAUGCGUCGUUAUGUAUACAGUGGUGUAGAGAGCAUCUGGCAGGCUCUCAAGUCUCUCUCAUCGUAUGUCAAGUCUUGCUUGGAAUCUCUACCCAAGGUACACGUGGUUUAAAAGAAUUCCCUCGUCGUCAUGAUGGCAAGUUCUAUGACUCCUUGGUAGACAACAAAGAUGAUCCUUCUGUCUUUGUGAUUGAAAAUGUUGACCAGUGUUAUCCAGCAUUCGUUCUUGAUAUUUUGUACGCCGCUACUCCGGUGAACGAGACACAAGCAAUGCUACAAGGUUUGAUUUAUUUAUUUACUUAUAAUACCAUAGAUGGUUAUAGCGCUUUUUAUAUGGUGCGAAAUGCAUGAUCACCAUCUGAUGGUCAACUUCAAAUGUAUUGACAUGACCAAAGCCGGGCCAAUACCAGUCAAUUCUAAGGGAAUGAUUGAGCCGUGGACUUUAACAAAUGUCACCUGCACGAAAAUGAGGCUCUACAGCCAAAGUGGCGUACUUUUCGGAAGGGUGUAUUAAAAUGAAUACCUAUAGAGAACAAUUUAGUUACUUUGAUGACUAUAGUAUAGAAGCGUAGUGGAAUCUAUAUUAAUGGACGGGCAAGGAUUAAUUUGCAUACGGCUAGUUGUACUCAGAAAGUCAUGUCAAAAUGUGCUUUAAAAUUCUCCUGAGCCGAAACUUUCUGCAUCAAUAUGCGUUUUGAACAUUUCUAAGUCAGUCUAUGACGAAAAAAAUUUUUCGAUCAGCCCGAAAUUUUCUAAAUCAAAUUUUGGUCGAAAUUUUCUAAGGCAAGCUCAGCUUUACUUGACUCAAGAAUCCGGGCAACGGGCAAGCGUAGUGGAAUCUAUAUUAAAGGACGGGCAAGGAUUAAUUUGCAUACGGCUCGGUACUCAGAAAGUCAUGUCAAAAUGUGCUUUAAAAUUCUCCUGAGCCAAAACUUUCUGUAUCAAUAUGUGUUUUGAACAUUUCUGAGUCGGUCUAUGACGAAAAAUUUUUUUCGAUCAGCCCGAAAUUUUCUAAGUCAAAUUUUAGUCGAAAUUUGCUAAGGCAAGCUCAGCUUUACUUGACUCAAGAAUCCGGGCAACGGGCAAGCGUAGUAGAAUCUAUAAUAAAAUCUGGGUAAGCCUAAUAUUUUCUAAGUCAAAAUUUGGGCGAAAUUUUGUAGCAUCGUAACUUUGUUGAGUUAACUAUUGACAUGCUAUUGGGACUCCCGAAUUGUUCAGCACGUUGAUCCAUCGGUUUAGAACUCUAGCUUUUGCAUUGUUUAAAACCCUUAAUGUUGGUUCGACUAUAGGCAUUUUUAAAAUAUGUUAAAAUGAUCUAAAUGACGAACGAAACACUAGGUCAAUAAAUGGUUCUCGAAGAGGAGGUGUUUUAUAUUGGCAGCGUUCGCUUCUUUAUUCAUGCAAAUUACGCCGUGUAGUUUAAUGUAAUGAGCGUAGUGGUUUUUAAUAUUUGUUCAGUUAAAAUGCUCGAGGGCGUGAAUAAUUAUUUUUUGUGGGCAAUUGAGGUUUCAGGUCACUAACCAGGUCGUUAACAAACCCCAACCCCUUAAUCAAAAUUUAAUGGUCCAUGACUGUCUUUGUUGUGGUGAGAUUGUCUGGGAAUAUUAAUAAUAUGCAUAUUGUUAUUCGACGCGUACAGACAAGAAUUGCUUGUACGUUGAGAUCGAGAAUUAAAUAAUCGGACACCGUGCCACAUUUCAUGAGGAUCGCACCCAAAAUGGAGGAGCCUUAAGGCCUGUUUACACUUGCAAUUUUUGCUGCGAUUUCUAAUGCGAUUUUGUCCUUCUGAUGCAUGUGAACCAGUAGAGGAGUCGCGAAUGUUCGGAGUAUGUGUACAGCAAUGUGAACAUUCAUGACUAAAUUGACUUAUCUACUCGUUCACAUCAAGCAGAAGAAGAAAAUCGCACCUAAACUCGCAGCAAAAUUUGCAAGUGUAAACGAGCCUUUAAAGGCCAUGUUACACGGUGCAAUUUUUCUUGCAACUUGCAAUGCAAUUCUACUCUUGAGAAAUGUAAAAUUGCCAAAUACGAGUCUUCAUUACACUCCGCUUCAUUACACUCCGUUUUCUCGACAUAUCGAAAAUUCUUCACUGAUUUCACUAAUUAACAUCUCUCAAGAGUAGAAUUGCAUUGCAAGUUGCAAGAAAAAUUGCACCGUGUAACAUGGCCUUAAACGGUGCAAUGACUCGUGCAACUUGUCUCGCAACGCCAUUGCGAGACAAGUUGCAUGAAAAAUUGCACCGUGUAACAGGGCCUUAACAUGCCUUGCAAUGGUCAAAAUCGUUGCGAGACAAGUUGCAUGAAGCAUUGCAGAGAGUAGAAGUCGGUUCUACUUUUGGCAACGAUUGCACUAAUUAUUUUUAGCAUUGCAGCGUGUAACAUGGCUUCAUGCAACUUGUCUCGCAAUGUUUAAUGCUUGGAGAGUUCCUAUUGGCUCUCCCCAGUACACGCUUUACUUUAAUUAAAAUUUGGCGCCAAAUAGCGCCUCUCCCUAUUCUCUUCGCAUGCCUCUGUCCCGUAUCGUUGCGAGUUGCAUGAAAAUCAUUGCAGCGUGUAACACCUCUUGCAAUGCAUUAUCAAAAUCUUUUUUAAACAUUGCGAGACAAGUUGCAUGAAAAAUUGCACCGUGUAACAGGGCCUUUAGGCUUUUUUCGAAGAGCGUCGACCCCGACAAGUUCCUGGUCCAAAAAUGUGCAAUUACGAUCGUGGCAGUAAUGUCUGAUGCAAAACGAACGCAAACACGUGAUUUUCAUAAUUUUUCUCUAGAUUUUGAAAUCGUUGAGGAUAACCAUGGAUUGACAGCUACACCACGACACAAUUACCCCCAAAUACCCCCACCUACAUAUGUACCCCCUAAUAAUCAUCCACUUUCGCCAGCAUAUGUACCCCAAAUUCCCAACACAGCAUCUGUUGCACUGCAACAACAACCAUUACCCCCAAAUACCCCUUCAGGCCCACCUGAUUUUGUCAAAGCUCCCCCACUCUACUCAGAAAGAGCGCCAGCCCCAGUUCCUCCGCCCGAGUACACUCCUUACCCCGCCCGCCCACCACCACCAAGUGUUGUACCCUCAAGAGGUAAUGUGAGGCAAAUGUCAGCACCACGAUCGUCUGGAGAACCGAAGGACAAGAAAGAUUGUUUGGUGAUGUAAACCAGUUCAAAUGUUUUUGAUAUUUUUGCAGAUUAUACUUGUAAGCCCCGUUUACAAGAGCAAAUUUUAUUUGACGAAUUUAAUAUGACAAGUGCAUUUGAUGAAAAGCUAGCAUGCUAGCUUGUGUUUAAAUGCAUUUGUCACAAUAAAUUUGUCACGAAUGUAUCAUCUACACGAGCAAAAUAUCUUUGACAUAUGAAAUUUGUCAAAUAACAUUUGCUCGUAUAAACAGGGCUUUUAGAUGAUUAAAUUUGUGUUAGUCUAGACCCAGGACCUUUACUCGGCAGACGACACUUGAUUCAUCAGGUUAAUUCACUUCAAUGACGUCACUAAGUGGGAUUUCUUACAUUUCUCGCUUCGCCCUUCCUCUGCCCCGCCCCCAAAUUGCCUAGGUUCCAGUCAUCUCACAUGAAAAAGCACUGAGGGUCCUAGGUCUAGGCUGGAUUUGUAGGGUUAUAUUUGUGUCUCGUGUUAAUAAAUAGUCGAAGUUAAUUGGUGGGUUUCAGUCACGUGUUUUAUACGGUGUAACACAUAGUGGUCGGCUUUCCAUGUUUUCAGCAGGGCGCUUAUAUACCCUGGUUUCCAGUCACAACGUGGAAAUGAUGGGAAACGUUCCCAGUACAUGUAUUUGCUGCAAAACAUCGAAGAGAACAUUUCGUCACUUUGUCUUUCAUUUUAAUUAUAGUUGAGUGAGUUGACUACGAUGUGUUGUACUGUCACACUUUAUGAAACCCAUCUAUGUUUAGUAUCUGUGUUCAGAAAUUAUAUUACAAUAAUGAAACAGUUAAAACUCGCACAAUAGAGGCACUGUAUGAAGAACCAUUCUUUGAAAUGAUGGUCAUGAAUUAUUAAUGAGUUUUUAAUGCAGUUACAAGCUGCUAUAUAAUCAAUUUAAUACUGGGACAUAUCUAAAAAUUAUCAAAACGGAUAAAUUUAAUCAGAUUUAUCUGUUAAGGUCCGUUCAAAGCAGUCCAACGUCAUCCUACAAUACAUUGUUAGAUGCGACAUUGUUGGGUCUGUUUGGACCAAUGAUGAGGCUAGCCAUAGCAACAGCUCAUCCAGUCAUUCUAUGCAAAUUUUCACCGAUAUUUUAUUAGCAUAGCAUGACCAUGGCCAGCCUCGCCAUUCGUUUGGACAUGAUGUUGGUUUGCUAUCAGUGGCUUGGACUUAAUUCUAAAUAUUCAUUCAACAUCAUUUGAACGGGCCUUAUAUAUAAGAAAUACCUCAUUUUGUGCGGGUUUUGGGCAAGUUCAGGCAUGGUAUUACAAUGUGCUGACAAGAAAAUACAAGUAGAUUCAUUCACCAUGAUUAAAAAUUGCAUUGAUUCAAACAGUUUCCGAUUGACGAGAUUUGCUGUCCAUCGAUAUUUUUUUAAUCGAUUUCUUGUUACAUCAAAUUUGCAAAGCUUGCAUAAAAACAAUGGAGAAUAGUUCAGAACUGGUUUCUCUUAAUUAUCUAUUACAAAUAAUGUCUAUCUAUUAUAAAUAAGUUUCGUCUACUCUAGGGUUCAAAAAAUAUUUCCGUGCGCGAAACUUUUUACAGUUGCGUGAGAUAAAACGUUUGGUUAAUUUGCGUGAAUUGAAUUAACCAGUUACAUCGUACAAGAUGUCAUGUUUUAACCAAUGAAAUCAUCUUCCGCCAAGCCCAAGGUAUUUCAUUACUGCCUAUAACUACACGAGAAGCAACGAGAGUUUCUAUUCUUGAACUUCACAAGUACAGAAGAAAGUCAGUCUUGGUGUUAAACAUGAAGGUACUCUUCUUUUCUGGCGUGUGGGACAACAUUGACAGCAGCUCAUUAGCCUCAGUUGCUCAGUAUUUGGCUAGGCUCAGCAAUUCUAGGCAGGUUUCAUUUCACUAACCACUAUCGUGAUGUUAUAGUUAACCAGUAUAGUCCUGUUCUUUUCUUCUAGUGGUUUCGUAUUUUCGCCGAAGAUGCACCG